AUGAGCAUGAGAAAUUACAUGGUAAUUGCCAUCCAUUUUUUUUUUUUAUUUUAUAUAAACAAAUGAAAUAUAUUGCAUAUAGCUAUAACCAAGUAGCCACACUCAGCAAUGGCGCCAAUGGGUGACGCCGAUGGCCAAAACGACGUCGCUCCGCCUGAUCCACACACCAAGAGGCAGCGUUUGAAUUCCUCCACCAAAACCCUAACACCACCUUCCUCCUCCAUCACUCCCGGAGAUUCACUUCCCACUCUUCCAUUCGAGCUCGUAGCAGAAAUUCUCUCUAGACUUCCUGUAAAAAUCCUCAUGCAACUCCGGUGCGUCUGCAAAUCCUGGAAAUCUCUAAUCUGCGAUCCCAAAUUCGUCAAAAAGCACCUUCGCGUGUCAACCACGCGCCACCACCUCUUCCUAACCUUCCUCAAUUCAUCACGCGAGUUCGUCCUCACGACUUACCCUCUCUCCUCCGUCUUCACAGAAAUAACCGCCACCGCCACGCAGCUAGACUACCCUCUCAACAAUCGAAACCGUUUCGAUCUCAUCGUUGGCUCUUGCCACGGCAUCCUCUGCUUCGCACUCGAUCAACGUUUCGCUCUUUUGUGGAACCCUUCCAUUAGCAAAUUUGCCAAAUUGCCCUCUUUGAAUAAUCCAUCCCGAGAGGGGAGUUACACGAUCUAUGCAUUUGGCUAUGCUCAUUUCAGUGAUAGUUACAAGGUGGUUGCUGUUUCGUGUUAUGAAUCUGAUACUAAUGGUAGCACAAGUAAUAGGGUUUACAAAACUGAAGUAAAGGUUCAUACUUUGGGUACCAAUUCUUGGAGAAGGAUUCAGGAUUUUCCUUCUGGUGUUCCUUUUGAUGAAUCAGGAAAAUUCGUUAAUGGAACUGUUAAUUGGUUAGCAUCUACUGAUUGGAUUUCUUCAUGGGUCAUUGUUUCUCUUGAUUUGGAGAAGGAAUCUUAUCAAGAACUUCUGCAGCCUGAUUAUGGAGGGGUAGCUGUGGUUACUUUAACCUUAGGGGUGUUGAGGGAUUGUUUGUGUAUACUUUCUCAUAGUGAUACUUUUUCAGAUGUUUGGCUUAUGAAGGAGUAUGGAAAUAAAAACUCUUGGACUAAAUUGUUCCGUGUUCCUUUCAUGGAAGGUGUUGGUUGUUCUCCUUAUACUAAGGCACUUCAUAUUUCUGAAGAUGAUCAAGUUUUGCUGGAGUUUGAUUCAAAGUUGGUUGUUUACAAUUCUAGAGACGGUACUUUUAAGACUCCCCAAAUUCAAAAUAUCAACGAUUGGAUGGUUCCGGAAAUCUAUCAAGAGAGUUUGAUAUCACCUUGUUUUCAACAGUAGGAUGUAUGUAGUAAUGUAGAUGCUAUGUUUGCCACUUGUGCAUGAGGUUUAUGAAAAACCAAUCCAUUGUAUUUCAUGUUUAAGGGUUACUUCGUUGAUUAUUGUUAGUUAUUGGUCGAUGGAAUUUGCAGUACGAGAAAUUUCUAUCUUAUGUUAUGUGUAAUUUGUAAAUUUUUUGUUACUUCAUGGAUAUCUGUUAGUUAUAUGGUUUUAGUGAUUUGGUUUUCCAAGAUUGGAAUUAAGUGUUAUACCCAGUCACUUGUAUGUUUGUUAAAAUUUCUGUUGAUGGCAACACAA